AUGACAGUAGUGGCUAACGAUUACAAUGAGAUGAUAGCAACUAGAACUGUGACGGGAUGGAGAGUUUGCAUAGACUAUAGGAAGCUUAAUGAGGCUACUAGGAAAGACCAUUACCCCUUACCCUUUAUGGACCAAAUGUUAGAACGCUUAGCAGGGAACGAGUAUUUUUGUUUUCUCGAUGGAUUUUCAGGGUAUGUUCAGAUUCCCAUUCAUACAAAAGACCAAGGGAAGACAACAUUCACUUGCCCCUAUGGAACAUAUGUUUAUAGGAAGAUGCCUUUUGGAUUGUGUAAUGCUCCUGCCACCUUUCAGAGGUGCAUGACAGCGAUUUUUCAGGAUAUGUUAGAAAAGUCGGUAGAAGUGUUUAUGGAUGACUUCUCGGUUUACGGGAAUUCGUUUAAUUCAUGUUUAGGACAUAAGGUGUCUAGAGCAGGAAUAGAAGUAGAUAACGCUAAGAUAGAUGUGAUGUUUAGAUUACUAGUUCCGGUUAAUGUCAAAGGAGUUAGGAGUUUUCUAGGUCAUGCAGGGUUUUAUAGGAGAUUUAUUAAGGAUUUUUCCAAGAUAACUAGGCCAAUGACCAGACUUUUAGAGAAAGAUGUUAGGUUUGAUUUUGAUAGGGAUUGCAUUAAGGCAUUUGAGAAACUGAAGAAACACCUUGUAGAUUCCCCUAUUGUAGUAUCACCUGAUUAUGCUUCACCUUUUGAGAUAAUGUGCGAUGCUAGUGAUUUCACCGUAGGAGAUGUGUUAGGACAGAGGAUAGAUAAGCAUUUUAGGCCGAUAUAUUAUGCUAGCAAAACCCUUAAUGAGGCCCAAAGGAACUACACAACUACAGAGAAGGAAUUGCUGGCAAAGGGAGCAGAAAAUGUAGUUGCAGAUCACCUUAGUAGAUUAGACAGCCUAGAUGAGGAGGAACUUGAUUAUAAAGAGAUAGAUGAAGCCUUCCCCGAAGAGAAUUUGAUGAGGAUAGAAGUAGAUGAUAAGGAGGAUGUACCUUGGUUCACUGACAUAGCUAAUUACAAAGCUGCAGGAGUUUUACCGUUGCAUUUAGACUAUUACCAUAGGAAGAAGUUCUUUUCAGACCUUAAGUAUUAUUACUGGGAGGAACCAUACUUGUUUAGAAUGUGUGCAGACGGUAUGAUUAGGAGAUGUGUGUCAGAAAAUGAGAGUAGGAAGAUAUUAGAUGACUGUCAUUCAGGACCCACAGGAGGACAUUAUGGUCCGUCGACUACAGCUAGGAAGCGCCAAGGAUCGAUCACCAAGAGAGAUGAGAUGCCACAGAAGGGCAUACAGGUUUGUGAAGUAUUUGAUGUUUGGGGAAUAGAUUUCAUAGGGCUAUUUCCACCUUCUCAUAAGUUUAAGUAUAUUCUAGUAGCAUUAGAUUAUGUAUCAAAAUGGGCGGAAGCCAAAGCUUUGCCCACUAAUGAUGCUAGGGUAGUUGUAGAUUUUCUUAAGAACUUGUUUAGUAGGUUUGGAAUGCCUAAGGCUUUGAUUAGCGAUAGGGGUAGUCAUUUUGCAAAUGCUCAAUUAGAAAAGAUACUUAAGAGAUAUGGAGUCAACCAUAGGUUUUCAACAGCUUAUCACCCUCAGACUAAUGGUCAAGUAGAAAACACAAACAGGGCACUUAAGAGAAUUUUAGAGAAAACAGUUAAGGAUAAUCCUAAGAAUUGGGCGAAUAAGUUAGAUGAUGUACUUUGGGCAUUUAGGACAGCCUAUAAGACACCCAUAGGGACCACACCCUAUAAGUUAGUGUAUGGAAAAACGUGUCAUUUACCAUUAGAAAUAGUGAAUAAGUCUUUUUGGGCAAUUAAGAAUUGUAACAUGGAUUUAGAUGAAGCUGGGAAGGAAAGGUACUGGCAACUAGAUGAAUUAGAAGAAUUUAGACAACAAGCCUAUGAAAACUCUAGUAUCUAUAAGGAGAGAACAAAAGCAUAG